CCUGGCCGCUCCCCCUUGUACGCAUUUGCCCGAACACUCCACGCGCGCCGCCAGCCACCCUCGCCCACCGCCGUCUCCUCCACUCACCACACCAGCCACCUCCCCCGCCGCCGCCUCGCCAUGCAGAAGGUGCGGCUCAAGUGGGUGAAGAACCGCGGGCUGGACCACAUCAUCGACCGGACCACCUCCAUCCGCGCGUCCUGCCUCAUGCUCGACUACCUCGCCCGCCAGCCGUCGUCCCCCGUGCCGGCCCGCGCCCUCGCGCGCUUCCAGAAGCCGCUCGGCCUCACCGUCCCCGUGCUCCGCUUCCUCCGCCGCCACCCGACCCUCUUCGCCGAGCAGCCGCACCCGCGCUUCCCCACCCUCCCCGCCUUCUCCCUCACCUCCGCCUCCGACAUCCUCCUCGCGCGCCUCGCCCGCGCCUCCGCCGUCGACUCCCACCUCCGCCUCGCGCGCCUCCUCCUCCUCACCCGCUCCAGGUCGCUCCCGCUGGCCUCCAUCCUCCCACUCCGCUUCGACCUCGGCCUGCCCUACGACUUCGCCUCCUCCUUCCCCUCCUCCCACCCCGACCUCUUCGCGGUCUCCAACAACCACAUCUCGCUCUCCACCUCCCGCCUCCCCGACGACAUCGCCAUAUCCUCCCUCCAGCGCCGCCACGCCGAGGCCAUCACCGGGGCGACCUACCGCGACCUGUCCCGUCCGCCGUCCUCGUCGCAUGCCCCCCUCGCGUUCCCGAUGCGGUUCCCGCGUGGGUACGGAGGGAUGAAGAAGGUCAAGGCCUGGAUGGACGAUUUCCACCGGCUACCUUACAUCUCGCCGUAUGAUGAUGCCUCAGGGAUCGACCCUGACAGCGACAUCUACGAGAAGAGGAACAUUGGUUUGCUGCAUGAGUUGCUCGGGCUGAUGGUGCACAAGAUGGUCCGGAGGAAUGCGAUCCGUUUGCUCCGCGAGGAGCUUGGCCUGCCUCACAAGUUCACGAGGUUGUUUACAAGGUAUCCUGGAGUGUUCUACCUGUCGUUGAAGUGCAAAACGACGACGCUCGUGCUUCGCGAGGGGUACGAGAGGGGGAAGCUUGUGGAGAAGCACCCCCUCGCGGCGGUGAGGGACAAGGUACAGUAUGUGAUGCGCACUGGCGUGUUGUACCGUGGGAAGGGCUUGUCCAAGCUGGUUUUAGACGAGGAUGACGAUGAAGAGGAGGGUACACUGGAUGGAGAUGAGGAGUUUCAAGGAGAGGGGAUGGAUGAGGAUGCUGAUGUUGAGUGCUUUGGAAUGGAGAUUGUGGAUGAUGACGGGCCUGGCAAUGAUGAUUAUGAUGAACGCGAUAGUUACGAUUGACACUGGAUGGUGAUUUCUGCUUGCUGCAUGUUGCUGUUUUGAGAUGAUGGGCGGUGACUUCAUGAGCCAAAGUGAUGCUGAUCAUGGAGCCUUUGCAGUCUUGGCAACUUCUGUAGGACAAAUGAUUUGAGCUUGCCACGAUUAUUCUGAAGCCACGUUCUUCCUUUCUUGUUUUCUUAAAAAUGGUGCGGUUUUGGUUAUGUCUGGCUUAAUUUGCCCCGCAUAAAAUUUCUUUAGCAAGUUCAAUGUGACUUUCAGUGAUAAUUUUAGAGGUUACAAGUCUUAAAUGCUGUAUUAAAAUCUGAAAUGCUCAUAAACUGCUACCACUUUCAAGUAUCUUGGGUUUUUCAACUGGCGCCUCCAAGGCUCCAACUCCAAGGUUAGGAAAUCAGGUGGUAUGCUCUUCUGCUUCAGUUCACUUCUUGAAUUUGGCAGAUGAUUUUCUGCUCCAUUGUCAGAGCAUCAAUAGUGUGUGUAAUGUUAAGUCAUCUUCUCAGUCUCAGUGUGCACUGUGCACACCUGGGUGAUUGAUAUAAGUUGCUUUACGAAGUCUUGCCAAUUGAAGUUGCUUAGUGUGGGUAUCAGUUCCUCUGGGAAUGCUAGAAAUUGUUUUUGUUUCCAUCAUAAACGGUGCUGAUAUGUUGAGCUGCUUUGAUCAACCCCGGUCUUAGCUGCACUUAUCUGCGUUUGCCGGCCAAAGAAUUAUUUGUCCAGGUUUCUUGCCCUCUUUUCAUUUUGCUAUCAGAAUUCCUUGGACUUCAUAAUUUGCUAGGCAGUUUGUCCCGUGCUGAUGUAAAUGCUGAAGAUGGGAUGUUGUAAACUUGUUACUGAUUCAAUUG